GUCACAUGUCUCGUCAUCAUUGCUUUUGCGUAAGCUGGAGUGCAUGCCGGUAACAAGAAUUUAGAAACCGCAAACUCAAUUGCCUAAUAUCGUUUUCGAUUAGUGGCUUUUGAAACUUUUUAUGUCUAUUGAUUACGCUGCUGACUUCUUGCGACCAAAAACUGUUUGGAUAUUCCAGAUCGAAGGGCAAACUGAUAUCGCGUGCAAAUCCCAACACGAGUGAUCGCCAUGUGUAUGUUGGAUUAGACGUGCCUUUUCGUGAAAUAAUUCAACUCGGACAUCGAUAUUCAUUCGGUAGUGGAGGCAUGAGUUAAUGUACUUCAACUUCGAUUGUUUAUAGACACUGUUGAUUUUCUGAAGUUUACAAACUCUUCUAUCAAACUACAGCCAUGCCUACCAAUGUUAAUGACCUAAAUGAGGCUUACUGCAUCGCAAGAACUGCCAAUUUGCUUCGCCAAGUGUAUCCUCACAUUCCAGAAUAUCCGACAUUCAACGUGCGCCGGAAUUUGUUCGGGCGAUCGGAAUCUGAAACUCCUGUUAACUCUGAAAACUUAAACAGAGUGUUGUCUGCAAAAGCAGAACAGGCCAAGCACGAGUGGAACUUUGAUUUCGUCACUGAGAAGCCUAAACCUGCGGGCAGGUACGUCUGGGAAUUAGUGAGAAGUUGUGAUUUGCCUUCAUGGUAUUCUGCUAGCGAGAGGCAAUUGAAUAAACAUAUCCAAGUGGACUUUGAGGAUAUGGUCGAGGAGAGCGAUCAUUCGUCUAAUGGAGAAAAGGAGAAUAGCACAAGCGAUUUCAACCAAAUUGACGCAGGAAAAAGUAUGAAAGGGAAACGUCGAUUUGUUCAAACGACAAUGAGAGAUUUCACCAGAGUUCAGAAACGACGGUCCUCCAAGCGGCUCCGCUUGAAGCAACUGAACAGAAAGUUCUUGCUCAGACCCAAUGUAAUGCUGCGCAGAAAUUCCACAUGAUCCGGAAAUUCUAAGGGAUUCGAGGUGAAAUUCUGCCUGGAAGAAACGCUGUCCUGCUAGUCUCGGAAGAGGCAGUCCACCCUCCUCGUCUUCCAUUCCUCCCAGAUGGCGAAGAGUCAAAAGAAAUAAUUUUUAUCGUUAUAUUAUAUAUAUUUGCACUUUUUGUGCGUUUUAUAUGUACAUACAGGUCUUCGCUCAUUAAAGUGUUUUAUUCUUUUCCUA